AUGAAAUCCUCUCUUUUCUCUUUCGCACUCCCUCUGCUGGCGGCGGCUGCCCCAACUCAGGAUGCCAACCCUGCCUUUGGCGUCAUGUCCAGCCGUUCGGCUUCUCCUGUUCACCUCCUCCCCAUGAACGCUGCGGGGCAACACUUCUACCUCGGAGGACAGCCUUCGACAUACUGUCCCUUGCCCGACGGCAAGGGGUGUCCUCCGGGCACCUCGACCGUUUUCGCUCCCGGGGGCGGCAGUCUUAACGUCAUGGUCCCCGGCGGCCAACAAGUCUACGUCAACCCCGACGGUGCCCUGAGCUUCACUCAGGCUCACUCUGCCUACAUUCCUCCUGGCUCGGCUCAAGGUCCGUUCAAGUACGAGCCCGGCGAGAACUUCGGUCACUACACUUUCAACGGCUGGGGUGCCUCCGGCUUCAUGGCUUGCCCUACCGAGGACGAGAGAUGGCAGGUCUUUGCCGCCAUCCAGAACGCCACGGUUCCCAGUGGGGACGUGGGUGAUUGCUUGGGAUUCUCUGCUAUGGCUGUUACCGGUAAUCAAACAGCUGCCGCAUGGCAGUACACCUAG